GCCUCCCGGGAGCCUCACUCACACAAGAAAACCUCAACAUACUGACUCAGGCCUGGACACAGAGAUAUAAUCGGCUUCCAAAUCCUAAUCAGUGCGCCUAAGUUUGCUGGAUUCAGUCAUCAAUACUGACAUGGAGUUCCACAGCAUUAGUAAACUCUUCCAUCCCCACCACCCUGGAGAGGAGAAGCAACAGAUGCUUAACCUGAACCGACGCCUGGAAACCUACUUGAGCCGGGUCAAACUGCUGGAGGAGGAAAAUACAAUGCUUGCAAGGGAGAUCCAAACCAUGAGACACAACAAUCAAGGGGCCUCCGUGCGCAGGAAAGACCUGGAGGAAGAGCUCCUGCGGGCGAGACUGGAAGUAGACGCAGCCUGGAGGGACAAGGUCCUCACCGAGAUGGAAAUUGGCAAGCUGACUGAGGAUCUGCAAACCCUGAACCUACAGCGACAGAGGGAGGCUCAGGCCCAAGUGACGGCCAAGAAAAAGCUGGAACAAAGCAGGAAAGAGAUGGAAGAGGAACAGAGGGCACAAAUCUGGCUGAGGGAAAAGGUCAAUCAGCUGGAACAUGAAAUGAGGCUCGUAAUUCAAACCCACGGGGAAGAUGUGGCCCACUUAGAGGUUGAACUGACCCGAUCCAGAGCUGUGAUGCCGCAAAGAUCGGCUCAAAGAGCCACCCAGGCCCCAGAGCUCCUGGUGAUGGGACAGGAGUUGUCCCAGAAGGCCAACAGAGCAUGGCAGGAGGCGGCGGAGGCCUAUCAGGGGCAGUUAGCCCGGCUAGAGGAGUCACUCGAUCAGGCCAAGAGUCGUCUGAACCAAGUAGGCCAGGAGAAGCUCGAGUGCCAGCUUAAUAUUCAAGCUCUGAAGAAGGAGAUGGCCUCAGCUCAGGAUGUCAGGCUGCAUCUGGACAAGACUGUAACCCAGAAGAGAGACAGAUACUGCCAGGAGAUCCAGCAGUUCCAGGAGCACUUGCAGAGUCUGGAGAUGGAAAAAGAGGAGCUGGGCCAGCAGAUCACUCAUCUCCUCCAGGAGAACCACGGCCUGAUGCAGCUUAAGAUGUCUCUGGGUCUGGAAGUGUCAACGUACAGAGCUUUGCUGGACAACGAAAGCCACAGGAGAGACACGUCUAGAAAUGUUGUGAUCACAGAUGCUUACCCUCACCGGGUUACAAAGAUGUACAAGCCCCAUCUGUCUGCCAACCGCAAGACCACUUUCCCCUCAUCUGUUUAUGGAGUAGCAGGACCGACGCUGAUGACCGCAACACCAUACAGAACAAGAAAACCUCUUACUUCAAAUGAAACAUCACAGAUUUCAAGAAAACCUGCAGAUACAGCAGAGUCAGCAACACUAGAAACCUCUUAUCCCAAAAUAAUCCAGGAUGGAGCUGUGGAAAACUUCCGACCGCAGGAGGUUCAAGAGAAAGUCACCUAUGCAGAGCCUUUGUCACCUCCUAAUGAGGAAGAGACGCCUGCUGAAACACCGGAGGACAGAGAUGAAGAUGACUGGAGGAUUGUUGACGCCGAGGCUCCUGACGAAAGGCCAGUUGUAGAGUCAGUCGUCAGUCAUAAAGUCGAGUCUGGCCUCAACGGCGAGCCAUUUUUCAAUGAUGAACCUGGUCUACAUGAGUUUACAACACCCAGCCUGAUGUCACCCAGUGUCCGCAUGACAGAGGAACCCUUCACUUCCUCAGAUGAACUAGAUAGCCAUGUAGCAGAUGCAACGUUUCACAAGGCACUCCAUCUGGAGGACGAGUGUGUUCAGAAAGUCAAUGAGCAAGUAGAUGAUGGAAAAGCAACAGCAGAGGAAAUGUCUUACUGUGCCGCUUCAGAGGGGGCAGCUGGAAAAGGAGACGUGCAGCAGUUAUUCCCCCCAGCUGAUGCUAAUCUGGAGGUAGACCAUGUGGACAAAGAAGAAGAACAUGUGGAAGAGGAGGAAACAGACGAUGAAUCCCAGGUAUUGCUUGAGCCUACCAUUGAAUCUCAGCUGAGAAGUCUAAAAUCAGAAUAUGAACCUGUGGAAAGUGUUUUUGAGAAAGAUGCAGCAAGUGAUGAUGCAGUUGAGACGAGACAAGAAAUGAGCGGAUUAAUGGCAGAAGUAAAUGGAGUGGAAGUUGAGAAGUUGUACCCAGAUGGAGAAGAGAUGGAUACAUGGGACAGCGUUAUAGAAAAGAAGGCUGAUGUGGGGACAGUUGAUGGCAUAAUCAAUGGAGGAAAAAAUCAACAUGCUGAACCAGAAGAAGACAUUUCAACAAAAGACUCAAAAAACAAAAUAGGAGACCUUGAUCAGGAUGGUGAUGUGGAACGUCCACUGACGCCCACACAAACAGAUGACGGCAGGCACGCUGAAUUAGACCAGGAGCAGGCUCCACCUCCUGACAAAGAAGAGGACAAUGAUAAUGAUGAUGAUGUUGAUGAUGAUGAGGAUGAGGAGGAGGAUGAUGAUGAGGACUCUCAGAACGUUUCUGUGUCAUGGAGGACUGAGCUGGAGAGCGACAGCUACGCUCUGGAUAACACCCUCGCCGACCCUCGUCCUCUCAUUCGAUACAAAAGCGAUGAAACUGACGGCAACGCUCAACAGAUCGAUGAGAGUGAGUCAAGUGAAGGGGAGCAGGAAAAAAAGAUGAAAGAGGCAGGACCUGCAACGUGGAGCGACGGAAAGUCAAAGACAUUCGGAACUAUGGAGGAUCUCUGUGAAGAAGUGGAAGAAGAAACAAUAGAUGAUGAAUAUAAUUUGGGAUACACUCAUAUUGAAGAUGUUAGCCAAAGUACAGUUGUAAGUAUAUGUGCGACUGCCGAGAACGACACAGAAAAAGCUACUGAAAUGGGGAGAAACGACAGCGAUUCAGAAGAAGAAACAGAAGAACUUGCCAGACCCGUAGGUCUGGACUACGAUGAGGAGCUGGAGACGGACAGGCUCGUGGAGCAGGAGUUGGAGCGUCUGUCCACAGACCGCUACACCACUCACUUUGCACAGCAACAGGUCGGUGAUGGGAUGUUGCAUCUGGAGGACGAAUCCGUCCAGGAAGUCACAGAGCAAGACAAAGCUGGAAAAGCGGUAGCAGAAUAUAUGUCUUGUGAGCCAGAAGAGAGUGCAAACAAGAAACACGUGUCAUUCACCGCAUUUACAGACCAGGCUUCUGCAAAACCACAUGUCAGUGAUUCAUCGAUGGCCAUGUCUCUGACAGACUUUGCGGCUGAGGAGGACAUUAUUCAUAAAUGUCAAGAAGAAGAUGAAAACAAUAUGUCCAUGUUGACAUACGCUGAUGUGACAGAUCACGGUGGCUUUGGUGAUUUAAGUAGCAGGGCUGAUAUGGAGGAGACCAACGAGUCAGAUGAUCCAAACUCCGUGUUACCAGAGACAGCAGAUGAGAAAAACAUGGAGGUCACAGAACCUGAGGAGCAUUCUAAUGAAUCUCAAAGCAAACUCGAUGACCAGGCUCACGGCUUUCAUGAGAUUCAUGAAGAUAAAGAAACACCUGAAUUUGAAGUCCUUGAGAACUCAACACUUGACUUUGAAGACGAAGAUCAUGAUGACGAAGAUCAUGAUGACGAAGAUCAUGAUGACGAAGAUCAUGAUGACGAAGAUCAUGAUGACGAUGAAGUUGCCGUGAUACAUCAAGAAAAGCGAGCUGAGAGUUCCCCUGAAACUGUAGUUGAAGAACAUGAUAUCUACAUAGUGAAGGAGGCGACAGAUAGUGCUCCCCGUGAUCUCUUCCCAUCCGGCGUAAAGAAUGACUUUUGGGUGUCAUCCUUGGAGAGCAGCGCCACGUAUGAACACGAUGACGCCUGCAACAACGCCGCGGAGCAAACCUAUCAGGAUCCAGGACUUGUAGACAAACAAGGGUGGGGGAACUUGCAAAACCCAAAUGUGGUUAACGGUAAUUCCAGAGUCGACGACGACUCGUCCAAAGCCUCAGAAGGAGUGACAGAGCAGGAAUGGAUGCGUACAGACAAAAGAAAGUUUCACAAUAUUGCUGAAACGUUUCCCUCCGAGGAGUCUGAAAUUGAGGCCGGAUCAUGGUCGUCUGGAGAAUAAUCACCACAAAGUCUAAUUGAGUGUAGUUGGAAGUAAAAUCAGGCUUUAGACAUUAAUGUUAUGUUUUGUGUUUCAACAAAUGUACAUCAAAUGCUAAAGUUGUGCCUUGGUGUGUUUCUUAGUGACAUUAACACCAAUGUGUCAUCUGUCGCUACAAAUAUUUGAUGUUUGACUUUCUCUGUCUUUUUCAUUCUCCCGUCUGACAGUUAAAACAUUUCAGUUUUUCCAGAGUGCACGUUGUAGAAGAAGAAUGAGUCUCCACAUGAGGGAGGGGCAUGAAGACAGAACAAAGAGCAUCAUUUGAAAGUCAAAGCAUUUAUUGAUUAUCACCGGAUCUGAUUUUACUGACAAAAUGGAAAUCAAUGAGACCAGAAGGGCAGGAUUCGUCGUAGAGAUGCUGUUUCAUAGUCACAAAAUUUGUGUUUGUGCUGGUCAGUUAAAUCAUUUCACUGCAUGUUUAACACUUGAACAUGAAUAGAGGAGCCUGAGUUAAUUAAAGACGAUUGGUACAUUCACAGCCCCAAUAAAGUUUAGCUUCAAUAAAUGUCCUGUGUCCCAUUUGAAGUAUUUAUUUGUGUGCACAGCACAACAUACACAUGCAUCUAUUCCUCAACAAUGCAUAAAACAGACAUAAGAAGAGAAAAUAGGUUUCCAGAAAAUGUAUUUAAGCUCUAACAGAUAAAGC